CGAAGCUCCAGAGGGUGAAGUAACCUGUCCAAGGUCGCGAAACUGGUGGACCCCAAACUGGCACCAUGGCAGAGCUGGGACCUGGGAACCUGGCCAGAGCUGCCCUCAUCAUCCUGCUGCUCCCCAGAAGCCUGGAGCAGUGCGGGAACAUCAACCUCUCGAAGCCCGUUGUGCUCCUGGGGGACCCUGUCACAGCCUCGUGCGCCAUCAGUCAGGAAUGCCUCCACGUGGACCGCGAUUCAGAGAUUCUGUGGAAGUUGGACGCUGAGUUUCAAACUGGUGGCAGACAGCAGCGCCUGCCAGACGGAAGCCAGGAAUCUACCAUCACUUUGCCCCCACUCGACCGCCCCCGGGCCCUGCUCUUCUGCGGCCUGCUCUGGGGCAACCACCUGCAGAUCCUGGACCAGGCUGAGCUGCGGGCAGGCUACCCUCCUCCAACGCCCCACAACCUGUCCUGCUUCAUGAACAUCACAACCAACAACCUCACCUGCCAGUGGGAUCCGGGCCCCGACACCUCCCUGCCCACUAACUUCACCCUAAAGAGCAUCCGGAUGCGGAACCACUGCCAGAGCCCCGAGGCGCCUCUCCCGGACUGCAUCCCUGAGGCGGGGCACAGCCGCUGCACCAUCCCGCGCAAACACCUGCAGCUGUACCAGAACAUGAGCCUCUGGGUGCAGGCAGAGAACACGCUGGGCACCAGCAAGUCUGUGCCACUGUGUCUCAUGCCCAGCGAUGUGGCGAAACUGGAGCCCCCCACACUGAGGGCCCUGGAGCCCCACCCCGAGGGCGCCCCCCGACAGCCAGGCUGUCUGCAGCUGCGCUGGGAGGUGUCGAAGUCAAGCCUGUACGUGGAGCAGAAGUGCGAGCUACGCUACCAGCCCCGCCGCGUGGCGGCCAACUGGACCGUGGUGGGCCCCCUGUUCUCCAAGACCCUCCGGCAUGAGCUCUGCGGGCUCCUCGCGUCCACCGCCUACGCCCUGCAGAUGCGCUGCGUGCGCUCGCCCCUGCCCGGUCACUGGAGCAGCUGGAGCGCCAGCCUGGAGCUGACCACGGCAGAGCGGGCUCCUGUCAUCAGGCUGGACACGUGGUGGCGGCGACAGAGGCAGCGGGACCCCGGCACCGGGGCCGUGCAGCUGUUCUGGAAGCCAGUGCCCCUGGAGGAAGACAGUGGGCAGAUCCAGGGCUACGUGGUCUCCUGGCGCCCCCCAGGCCAGGACGUGGCGGCAAUAACGCUCUGCAACACCUCAGCCCUGGGCUGCACCUUCCACUUGCCUUGGCACGUGCGGGAGGUGGGGCUGCUGGCAUACAACUCGGCCGGGACCUCUGCUCCCACGUCAGUGGUCUUCUUGGACAGCCGAGGCCCACCACUGGCCAGACUGCACACCCUGGCCCAGGACCCUCACAGCCUCUGGGUGGGCUGGGAGCCCCCCAGCCCUCAGCCUUGGGGCUAUGUGAUUGAGUGGGGCCUGGGUCCCCCCAGCCCGAGCGGCAGCAACAACAGCUGGAGGAUGGAGCCAAACGGGAGCAUCACGGGGACACUGCUACAGGAGAACAUCAGGCCAUUCCAGCUCUAUGAGAUCAUCGUGACCCCCCUGUACCAGGACACCAGGGGUCCCUCCCAGCACAUCUUUGCCUAUUCCCAAGAGACAGCCCCUUCCCGCGCCCCACAGCUGCGUCUGAGGCUCAUUGGCAAGACGUGGGCCCAUCUGGAAUGGAUGCCCGAGCCCCCUGAGCUGGGGAAGAGCCCCCUGACCCACUACACCAUCUUCUGGACCAACGCUCAGGGACAGUCCUCCUCCUCCCGCCUGAAUGCCUCUGCCCGCGACUGUGUCCUCCAAGGCCUCGAGCCAGCCAGCUUAUACCACGUCCACCUCUCGGCUGCCAGCCAGGCUGGAACAGCCAACAGCACCAGCCUCACCCUGAUGACCCUGGCCUUAGAGGAAUUGACGCUGUACAUCGUCCUGGGCUUCUCAGGCUUCCUGUUAUUUUUCAUCUGCCUCUGCACAAGUUGCUGGUUUUACUGCAAACCCAACAGGAAGAAUCCCCUCUGGCCCACUGUCCCUGACCCGGCCCACAGCAGCCUGGGCUCCUGGGUUCCUCCCAUCAUGACAGAGGAGAUCUUCCAGAUGCCCAGCCUCCGAGAAGCCAGCAUGGCCCCCAUCACCAAGAUCAUAGUAAUGGAGGAAGAGGAGAAGCAGCCAGGGCCCUGUGAGCCUACUGACAGCUCGGAGGACUGUUCACUCCCCACCCUGGUCCAGACCUAUGUGCUCCAAGGGGACCCCCAAAGCCCUGCCACCCAGCUCCAGCCCCAGCCCAGUUCCAGCGAUCCCAUCCUGUACGGGCAGGUGCUGGGCAGUCCUUCUGUGCCAGGGCCAGGGCACUACCUCCGUUACGACUCCACACAGCCUCUUUUGGAGUGCUUCACCCCCAGCCCCAAAUCCUAUGAGAAUCUCUGGUUCCAGGCCAGCCCUCUAGGGACCCCGGAAUCCUUGGUCCCAAGCCAGGAGGACGACUGUGUCUUUGGACCACUGCUUGACUUUCCCCUCUUACAAGGGCUCCGGAUUCAUGGUGUGGAGGGGCUGGGGGGUCUCUAGGGCUCUUGGAGCUCCUCACCUGGGCCUGCCACGGGAGAGAAGAGGGUCAGAUCAGUAAGGCCUGGACU